AUGCUCCUCUCAUUCAAAACCCUCUUCGUCGCUGCUGCGGCGUGCACUCUUCCGUUCCAGGCGGCUGCCAGUGUUCUGCCUUCUCCCUUCCAGCAAAACAAUACCCUUCUGCCCAGGGCUGAUGCGGAUGGGACCCUCUCCGGCAAAGACCCUGAUGGCAUUUUCUAUGUGAAAGAUUUCAUCAAUGCAUACACUUCAAAGGUCCCAGACGAGGACCGUGUUGGUAUUUUUUGGGCUGGCGGAGCGACAACAGCUGAUGACUUUGAAAACAUUUACGAGUUCAUCGAAAUGAGAUUGGACUUCAAGGGGAAGCUCUUCAGUGAUGUGUUUGAUUUCAAUUUCUUCCAGACCAAUAUGAACCUUGGUACGGAGCAAAAUAAUCUCUACUGGAGGGCAAUGUAUCGAGCUUCCAAAGGCAAGCAGACCCGCUACAACUUCAAACGAAUCUGGAGCCUUAGGCUUAUUGUCUUCUUCUCGACAGCUCUUGCUGCUGCUGCCACCAAUGGAAAGGCCUACGUGUAUAUGAAUAACAACAACUGCCGGACUCUCUUCUCUCCUCCGUCCCAGCAUCCUCAAGAUGUGGAUCCCGAUCAUGGUGGUCAGGCCACAAACGGCGAGAUUUUCUACUAUGCAGAAUUGCCAACACUCAUGCGUAAUCCGAACAUCGACCAGAUCAUCACCUUUUCGAAAGUGAAUAGGAAGUUUGUCGUCAAUGUGGCGUGGGACGUGAACAGGGAUACCGACAAGCCCAGAGACUACCUUCCGGAAAUCUCCAUGGACGCAGUUCCAAUCGUUCUUCCGCCAGAAGCCGGCCGGCCUCCGAUGAAACGCUCUACAUCUACGACAGGUAAAGCGUGGUAG